AUGCCCGCCUUGAGGCGCCUGCUGCGAGCGCGGCUGGGGAGGCGAUGCCCCGCCGCCUUGCUCCUCCUCGGGGCUCUGGGCUCGGCUCUAGGGGGCGUCGUCGUCGUCGUCUUCCUGCUGCGCGGCGGCUUUUUCUCGGGACGUUGCACCGACGAGCACAGCCAUCGGAUCUUGGCCCGGCUGUGUCUGGACUAUAGAAAAGGAGCCUUGACAGGUGACCUUUGUGACGACUUGUGCGUGGCCCAGAAACUGAUAUACAAGCGCUGCCUUUAUUAUGACCAAGGCAAAAAGGUCAUCCAAGCUGACUGGAGAGGCCGCCCAGUGAUCCUGAAAUCCAAAAUGGAAAUCUUCUCCAGCUAUCAGCACCUUGGUUUCCUGGAGGAAAUGGAAUCGCAGAGUAUUCCAGAGGCAGAUCUGUUUCUUAUGGUGGCUUUGGAGAUAAAAAAUGCUCUGGGCUUGGAACUACCUAGUAAUAAUACAGGGCCCUUGUGGACUAGGGGGAGAGGCCCUCACUGGAAAGCACAGUUGGCCAGUAUGUGGUCUUUACUCCAACAAGAAGAAUAUAUUUAUUUCAGUGUCUUGCAAGACUUCAGUAAACAUGUUCUGAGGGUCAUUGGCUCUUGCGGCCACUUCUAUGCUGUGGAGUAUCUGACGGCUGGGCAUGCUUGGCACAACACACUGUUUUCCAUGGAAGAUGCCGUUGGUGCCUCCUUUUCUGGGAUUAAAAGCAAAGCUAAGGCCAUCACCGAAAUCGCCAUCAGCUUCCUGGAUAUGGUGAAUCAUUUUGACAAUGACUUUUCUCAUCGGCUGCAUCUCUGUGACAUCAAACCGGAAAAUUUCGCUAUCCGAAAUGAUCUGACGGUGGUUGCUAUAGACGUAGAUAUGGCUUUUUUUGAGCCUAAAAUGAGAGACAUCCUUGAGCAGAACUGCACGGGAGACGAAGACUGUAAUUUUUUUGAUUGCUUUUCAAAGUGUGACCUGGGAAGCAGAAAAUGUGGAGCAGUGAGAGCCAAUAACAACCUUCAGGUCAUCUGUGACAAAAUAUUUCGCCCCUGGUUCUCUCUGAACCUCAGAGGAUCUACAGUCUCCUUUCCCCUGCAGCUACAGUUGCAGAAGGCCGUGCACGAUUGUGCAGAACCAGGUUACGAUGAUGUUGCCCUUCUCCAUAGGACUUCUCUGACGUCUCUUUCCAAGUUAUACCAGUUGCUUAGAGCCAGUCAAAUGGAGCUUCAGAAAUCUGGAAGCUACUCUCAUCAUGUUCACUAA